AGGUGCACACGUUGGUAAGAACUGCUCCAUGGGAUGGCGCCAGUAUGCCUGUGUGAUCCGGGCGGGGCGCCAUCACUAACACACGCUGCUCUAGGAACAGCCUGCUGGAUUGCUGCGUCUUUAUCUUGCACCGUUUUGAAAAGAGCCUAGAUAUCGUGCUAUUAUCAAGUCGAUCAAUAUUUUCUAUCCAUUCACCUAACGUGUGAAAAUGUUUUACACUUGCGGUCCAAAUGAAGCAAUGGUGGUGUCAGGUUUCUGUCGCUCACCGCCGGUCAUGAUCUCUGGUGGGAGAGUGUUUGUUUUCCCAUGCAUUCAGCAGAUACAAAGGAUCUCUUUGAACACACUGACGCUGAAUGUAAAGAGUGAUAAAGUCUACACACGUCAUGGAGUGCCAAUCUCUGUCACUGGAAUUGCACAGAUGAAGAUUCAAGGGCAAAAUAAACAGAUGUUGGCUGCAGCAUGUCAGAUGUUUCUAGGAAAGUCAGAGGGUGAGAUUGCCCACAUUGCCUUGGAAACACUGGAGGGUCACCAGAGAGCCAUCAUUGCUCACCUGACUGUGGAGGAGAUCUACAAAGACAGAAAGAAGUUUUCCGAGCAGGUGUUCAAGGUGGCUUCGUCCGACCUUGUCAACAUGGGCAUCAGCGUGGUCAGCUACACACUCAAAGACGUUCACGAUGACCAGGAUUACCUGCACUCUUUGGGGAAGGCCCGUACAGCACAAGUGCAGAAGGAUGCUCGUAUUGGGGAAGCCAUGAACAAAAGAGAUGCAGUGAUCAGGGAGGCCAAUGCUAUACAGGAGAAGGUAUCUGCUCAGUACAUGAAUGAGAUCGAGAUGGCUAAGGCUCAGAGAGACUACGAGCUGAAGAAGGCAGUGUAUGACAUUGAGGUCUUCACCAAAAAAGCUGAGUCUGAAAUGGCCUAUCAGCUCCAGGUGGCAAAGACAAAGCAGCGGAUCGAGGAGGAGAAGAUGCAGGUGAUGGUGGUGGAGCGCUCACAGCAAAUCACGCUUCAGCAACAGGAGAUCACACGCAAGGAGAAAGAGCUUGAGGCCAGAGUCAAGAAACCAGCCGAGGCCGAACGAUACCGGCUGGAGAAACUGGCAGAAGCAGAACGUCUUCAGCUAAUCAUGGAGGCAGAAGCUGAGGCUGAAUCUAUCAAAAUGAGAGGAGAGGCCGAAGCGUACGCUGUGGAGGCUAAAGGUCGUGCCGAGGCUGAGCAGAUGGCUAAGAAAGCCGAGGCCUUCCAGCAAUACAAGGAAGGAGCGAUGGUGGACAUGUUGCUGGAGAAACUGCCACUGAUGGCAGAGGAGAUAAGUAAGCCCCUGUCAGCUACCAAUAAGGUCACCAUGGUUUCCAGUGGAGGUUCAGAGAUUGGCGCAGCCAAGCUGACAGGUGAAGUCCUUGACAUCAUGACCAGACUGCCUCAAACCAUUGAGAAACUAACUGGGGUCACCAUUUCCCAGGUGGUCCAGACUGGUUGAAGAAAUUCUCCAACAUGACAUUUCUGUAUGCAUGCUUCAUUAAUCUUUCCUUGUAUAUUUUUCUCUUACCCUCACUUUUUCCUCAGGUUCUUUAUCAUUUAAAUGACUCUUCUCUAUCUUUGGCAAUUUAUUUCUUCUCCUUUUAUCUUUCUUAUCUUCCACACUGCAUCUCUUUGGUUUUCCCUUUCCCAUGUUUCUCUCUCCACUUCCACUUCCUGUCUGUCUUGCCAUGCUGCCAAAACACAAAGUGCAUUUUAAUCUAAGACUCCAGGGAAGAAUGCUGUUCUUUAUAUUUUUAAUGCAAUCAUAGGAAGAAAGUGAAGUCCAAGGACCUGCUGAAUGACAUUAGACACUGCAACUUCUGACAUUUUGAAAUGUUACUUUCACCUGUAAUUUUUCUUCUAGAGCAUUUUUUAAUGCUGGUAGUGCACUAAGAGCAUUUCGUUACAUUUGAGCUUUCCAUUAGGUAAGCUUUUGGAAGCCAAAGUAACAUGAAGGGAAACACAUUAAUAAGGACUGAUGCUGUUGUGUCAUUUGUUUCUGUGGGUUGAAUAGGAUACACUUUCACUUUACCUCAACAGUACAUUAUAGUUAUAUUAGUUAGACAUAAUCGUGUAGGAGUUACAGCAGUUAUCUGGUACUGUGCUCUGAAAUCUGAAGAUACUGCCAAUAAUGUCAGAUCUUCAUAUAUGUGUUUAAGUGUUUAUUCAAAUGAACAAUCAAGUUGUCUUUGUGUUAUGCAGAAUUACAGGUGAGUAAUUAUUUUAAAAGUAACUUAUUUAUUUCACAGUUAUCGUUUGAAGGGUUUUUUUGUAUAGAUUAAAGUGUUUUCAUGCAUGACUGAAGGGUACGAUUUUAUACACACACACAUAAAUAUAAAUAUAUAUAUAUAUAUAUACUAUAUAUAUAUAUAUAUAUAUAUAUAUAUAUAUAUAUAUAUACACACACACACACACACACGUGUCCUUAACCAUGUAGUGUACUCUAGGACUAGACAAACAUUUCUAGACAGUACUGUUCAUUAAAUAUGUCUGAAGGCUGAGUUCUUGUCAAAAUAGUUUCAGAGUUAUGUUUCAUAAAAAAGUGAGACUUAAGGGAGUUCUCAUAUAUGUUUUGUUCAUAAUCAUAUAGUAUUUAAUACUGGUUACACUACAUUUUUCUUUGAUUACAUUAUAAAAAUUGUGAUAAAUGUUUUGUUUUCAAAUGUUUAAUUGUCAGUACAAUGUUGACUUAAUUAGAUAUAUGGGCAUGUAUAAUUCAUAAGCAUAAAUGACAUAAUUUUGAUUUAGAAUUAAUCGUUAAUAACAUGACAUCAAUGAUGUAUAAACACUGUUAGAUGUUGUGUGUAAUGCAAACUGAACUACCACACAUUUGUCACUUUUGUAUUUGUUUAUAUAAUCUUUAUGUUUAACGGUUUAUGACUAAUACUUUUGAAGUGGCUAAAUAUAAAGGCUUAUUCAUUUAUUAUUGGUGGGCAGGUAUUAGUUAAGCCUAAACAGUGAUGUUUGGAUAGAUUUAGUAUGUCAGGGCAUUAGGUAGACCUGCUGCUAUGCUGUGUAGGCUAUGGCUGCUAUGUUACUGUAAUGAAAGAAAAACUGUAUCUGUCAAUAGAUCUUUUUUUCUACUCUAUACAAAGUAUCUAUAUUAUUAUGUAAACAAAUCACCUAUUUUCAACCAUUUCAACAAUUUCAUCUGUUUCAGUAUGCAUGCAAAGACUAACAAACCAAACCACUGUAUUGUCUAUCUGUGCUUAUGAUGCCUUAAAGUAACCUCCCUACUAAAAUAAACGUUUAACUAAAUU